AUGAGGCGGCUUGUUGCAGCUGCUGGGGCUCGCAGAAGCGACGCGCUGCGAUCCGGCGGCGGCGGCGAAACCGCGUCCAAGGAGCACCGGGAGAGAACGAGCCUAAGGGCGCCCCCGGGUGGCGAGCGGAGGAAGCGCAAGGUGCCAGAAAAAUCCCGGGUGCGGGGUGUUCGAACGUGGCGGGGAGAGAGAGAGCG